AUGCAAUUCCUGAAACUUCCUCGCCUUCUUAUGUCACAUGUGAGGAGGAUACAUCUUCAUUCGCAGCCGUUGCCAUCACAAAGCACUUGCAGAUUUGAUGGUAUUGAUGAUGCCGUGGCUUUGUUUCGCAGCAUGGUUGAUAUGCAUCCCCUGCCAUCGAUUGUGGAAUUCACCAAAAUCUUAGGGAUGAUUGUGAAGAUGAGAUACUAUGCCACAGCUAUUAAUCUAUAUACCCUAAUGGAAUAUAAGGGUGUUGUACCGUUUACAGUUACUUUUAACAUUUUGAUAAACUGUUUCUGCCACAUGGGUCGGAUGGAUUUUGCUUUCUCAGUAAUGGGUAAGAUUCUUAAGUGGGGUUGUCAACCAAAUGUUGUGACUUUUACUACGCUGAUGAAGGGGUUCUGUGCUAAUGAUAAAAUGAUGGAUGCACUAUACAUUUACAAUGAAAUGGUUGAACGAAGGAUUUGGUUUGAUGAUGUUCUCUAUGGAACCUUAAUCAAUGGGCUAUGUAAGAGUAAGAUGAGCAAAACAAGAGCUGCCAUUCAACUGCUUCAAAAGAUGGAGGGACAGUUGGUUAAGCCCAAUCUUGUAAUGUACAAUACCGUUGUCCAUGGUUUAUGCAAAGAUGGACAUAUAAAUGAGGCACGUGUUUUGUGUUCUAAAAUGAUUGUUCAUGGAAUUUUCCCCGACAUUUUCACUUAUAGUUCAUUAAUUUAUGGUUUGUGUCGUGCAGGCCAACGGAAAGAAGUUACAUCUUUGCUGAAUGGGUAUUGUUUAAACAAUAAAGUGGAUGAGGCAAGAGAAUUAUUUAAUUUGAUGAUUGAAAGAGGUGAACAGCAUGACAUUAUUAAUUACAAUAUUUUGAUAAAUGGAUAUUGUUUAAACAAUAAAGUGGGUGAGGCAAGGAAAUUAUUUCAUAGGAUGAUUGAAAAAGGUGAACAACCCGACAUUAUUACUUAUACUAUUUUGAUGCAUGGAUAUUGUUUGAUUGAUAAAGUGGAUAAGGCAAGAGAAUUAUUUCAUGGGAUGAUUGAAAGGGGUUUGAUGCCUGAUGUUUGGAGCUAUAACAUCUUGAUUAAAGGUUAUUGCAAGAUUGAAAGAGUGGACGAGGCUAUGGAUUUACUUGAACAUAUGUUUCUUAAGAAUUUAUUCCCAAAUAUUAUAACUUACAAUUCUCUAGUUGAUGGCUUAUGCAAAUCUGGGGGAAUUGAUGAUGCAUGGAAGCUUGUUGAUGAAAUGCAAUAUUGUGGCCAACCACCUCCAGAUGUAACCACUUACAAUAUCUUGUUAGAAUCCCUAUGUAGAAUUGAGAAUGUUGACAAGGCAAUUGCAUAUUUUAAACACCUCAUCUUUGAAAGAAGUUUUGCCCCUAAUGUUUGGAGUUACAACAUCUUGAUUAGUGGUUGUUGUAAGAAUAGAAGAUUGGAUGAAGCCAUGAAUCUUUUUAAUCAAAUGUGUUUCAAGAAUUUGGUUCCAGAUAUUGUAACCUACAAUAUCUUGUUAGAGGCUUUAUGCAACGGGCAGAAACUUGACAUGGCAAUUGCAUUAUUAAAAUAUCAGAUUGUUUAUCAAGGUAUUAGUCCAAAUUUGCUCACAUACAAUAUACUUAUAAAUGGAUUGCACAAAGGUGGGAGGCCGAAGACUGCACAGAAGAUUUCCCAGUAUCUUUUCAUUAGAGGCUAUCAUCCAGAUGUCCAAACAUAUAUAAUCAAUGAGCUUUGUAAAGGUGGAUUGUUAGAAUAA